CCAGAGACAGGAGCCCCUUUCACACAGAGACGCCGCAUUAUCUCCACAUCGACUGUCUCACUCACGGGGAGGGAGGCUGUUCACUGAAGUCUUGGUCAGGAGGGCUGACUGUCGCAGUGAUUCUAGAGUGGAUGAUUUUUGAGCAGUGACACUCGAAAUAAUGAAUGAUGUCAUCAAGAAGGCAAGAGAAAAAGGAAAAUGGAAGGUGCUGGUAGUGGACAAGCUGAGUAUGAGGAUGGUUUCCUCCUGCUGUAAGAUGACAGACAUCAUGUCAGAGGGAAUCACCAUUGUAGAAGACAUAACCAAGCGACGUGAGCCUCUGCCCAGCAUGGAGGCCAUCUACCUGAUCACACCCUCAGAUGAGUCUGUUGAGGGUCUGAUUGAUGACUUCAGGGAUCCACAGUCACCGAAGUACCGAGGAGCUCACGUCUUCUUCACCGACACGAUCCCAGACUCGUUGUUUGGACUGUUGACCAAAUCCCGCGCCUCCAAAGCCAUGAAGGCCUUGACUGAGAUCCACAUCGCCUUUCUGCCCUAUGAAUCUCAGGUCUACUCCCUGGAUAAAGUGGAUGCCUUUCAGGACUUCUACAGUCCCUUCAAGGCUGAUGUGAAGAAUAACAUGCUGGAGCGUUGUGCUGAGCAGCUCGCCACCCUCUGUGCCACUCUCAAAGAGUACCCUGGGGUCCGAUACAGAGGGGAAUACAAAGACUGUGCAGUUCUGGCCCAGAUGCUUCAGGAGAAGCUGGACAGCUACAAGGCUGAUGACCCCACCAUGGGAGAGGGUCCAGACAAGUCUCGUACUCAGCUGCUCAUUCUGGAUCGUGGCUUUGACCCUGUGUCACCUCUCCUACAUGAGCUCACACUGCAGGCUAUGGCCUACGAUCUGCUGGGCAUCGAGAACGACGUGUACAGUUUUGAGACCAGCGGGAUGGGAGAGACGAGAUUGAAGGAGGUAGUUCUGGAUGAGGAUGACGACCUGUGGCUGACUCUGAGACACAAACACAUCGCUGAGGUGUCGAACGCUGUGACUCGUUCUCUGAAGGAGUUCUCUGCCAGCAAAAAGAUGAACACUGGAGAAAAGACCACCAUGAAGGAGCUGUCUCAGAUGCUGAAGAAGAUGCCUCAGUAUCAGAAGGAGCUCAGCAAGUAUUCAACCCAUCUCCACCUGGCUGAAGACUGUAUGAACCGCUACCAGGGCACUGUGGACAAACUCUGUCGUGUGGAACAAGAUCUGGCCAUGGGCAUAGAUGCAGAGGGAGAGAAGAUCAAGGAUCCCAUGAGGCUCAUUGUACCCAUUCUGCUGGACGCCAAUGUCAGUGUGUUUGACAAGAUCCGCAUCAUUCUGCUCUACAUCUUCCUCAAGAACGGUGUGACUGAAGAGAACCUGUGUAAGCUCCUUCAGCAUGCCAACAUCCCACCAGAGGACAGUGACAUCAUUUCCAACAUGGCCCACAUGGGCGUUCCCAUUAUCUCUGAGGGCACUGCCAAAAAAGCCAAGAAGCCCGAUCGAAAGGAGCGAAUCAGUGAGCAGACCUACCAGCUGUCCAGGUGGACUCCCCUCGUCAAGGAUCUCAUCGAGGAUGCCAUUGAGGACAAACUUGACCCUAAGCAGUACCCAUACAUUUCCCAGCGACAAGUAUCUUCCAAAGCCAGCGCUCCAUCGAGCAGUGCUCGCUAUGGUAACUGGCACAAGAACAGGGGCCCCACAGAGAUGAAGACGGGGCCAAGGAUCAUCGUAUUUAUUAUCGGCGGGAUGACGCACAGCGAGAUGCGCUGCGGGUAUGAGGUCACCCAGGCCAAUGGCAAGUGGGAGGCGCUGAUCGGUUCAACCCACAUUCUCACUCCACCUAAGUACCUAAAGGAGCUCCAGCACCCAGACUUCCUGGACCCCAACGCCCCACCUGAGGCGACAGAGGAGCCAACUGCAGACUGAAAACAUGCUUGGAAGAUCAACUGAAAUCUUCACCCCUUCUCGCCUUCUAAAAACCCUCAAAGACUUGGAGAAAGAGUAGCAGAUGAGUUAAGAAGCUCCUGUAGUGCUCCCUCCUCAGCAGGAACAUCAAACUGUACUCUCCCUCACUCCCCCCUCUUCCUCCCCCCUCCUCCUCCAGCCUCACACAUUACAUAUACAUUUGAUCAUGAAUAUGAUUGUGUGGCUCAUAAACCAAACUGUGUUUUAAAUCACAUCAUUGUGUGUUGAUUUCAUGAGUGUGUUGAUGUUGAUCAAAGUUUAUUGGAAGAGAUUGGAUCUGUGUUGAAUGUUGUCGGCAGUAUAUUGUCAGAUGUCUCUUUCUUUUGGAAAAGUAAUGUUAACUGAAUUAGUUUAGAGGACUGGGAGAGAUUCAGGAAUUCUGGGUUAUGGAUGAAAACUUCUUAAAGAUUAUAUUGGUACGAUUAUUCCACUGCUUCACAGUUCUAAUGGAGCAAAAUGGUCUUUUUCACUUAACACUGGUGGACCUAACACUUUAUCUGUGCAUUCACUUAUAUUGUUUUCUCUCCCAUUCCAAUACACACAUAAACUUCACCUUCUUCUUUUAUUUUGUUGGAGCCUGCUAGUGUUUAUGUAGUGCUUUCCAUACAGUAGCAACCAUACUGUAUUGUACAAAUCAUCAGAUUAACAGUGAUGUUUCUGACCUUGGAAACGCCAACAUACAGCCACUCUGACAGUGUAUUUAGCUGUAGAUGAAGCAUUGUGAAAGAGACAUAUACACUAUAGUUUGGUAAUCUUAGUAGUGAUUUUGGCAGAGUACUUUUCUCCUUUAGACAUCCAGUUUCCUGUUGUCCCCUAUUUUGGAUCACAGUAUUGUCAUUGGUUAUUGUUGUAUUGUGAGUCUCUGUAACUAGUCAUCCACUGUGUAUGAAGAGAGAUGUCAGUAUUAUGAUAUAUUUCACAAGUCUGUGCUUUUAUGUCCACAUCCAUGAACAAUGCUUGCUGCAGGAUGUGUGUUAAGCUAAUA